AUGCAGCAGCGAGAGAAUCUGCGGCACAGUACAGUCUAUCAAUCUAUCUAUCUAUCUAUCUAUCUAUCUAUCUAUCUAUCUAUCUAUCUAUCUAUCUAUUAUCUAUCUAUUAUCUAUCAUCUAUCAUCUUCAUCAUCAUCAUCUAUCUAUCCAUUUCUUUGUCAUUUAUUUAUCAGUCUAUCUUUUAUUUAUCUGUCAUCUAUUUACCUAUCAUCUAUGUGUUAUCUAUCUAUCUAUCUAUCUAUCUAUCUAUCUAUCUAUCUACCAUCCAUUUAUCUGUCAUACACUAUUUAUCAUCUGUAUGUCUAUCAUCUCUAUAUCUACCUGUCAUCUAUCAUUUAUAUCUAUCUAUCUAUCUAUCUAUCUAUCUAUCUAUCUAUCUAUCUAUUAUCUAUCUAUUAUCUAUCAUCUAUCAUCUUCAUCAUCAUCAUCUAUCUAUCCAUUUCUUUGUCAUUUAUUUAUCAGUCUAUCUUUUAUUUAUCUGUCAUCUAUUUACCUAUCAUCUAUGUGUUAUCUAUCUAUCUAUCUAUCUAUCUAUCUAUCUAUCUAUCUACCAUCCAUUUAUCUGUCAUACACUAUUUAUCAUCUAUGGACUCUACAGGGGCGUCCAUCUUUAUCCGGUUCUGUAUUACCGUGGCUUGCUGCUUAUCUGAGAUCAGCCGUGAUGAGUGUUCACACCAUGGCAACGGACAGCUAACCAGAGACAAAUGA